AUGAAGGAACGGAGAAUCGUUGUGUCGAUUGACUUUGGAACAACAUAUUCGGGUGUCGCAUGGGCAGAAACUAGUCGGCCCGAUGUCCAACAUGUCGUGUCAGACUGGCCAUCGACAAGCUCGUUCACUAAUAGUGCCAAAGUGCCGACAGAGCUGCGCAAAGUCGCUUCCGGGUGGCAAUGGGGAUUCCAAAUACCGGAAUCUUCGAAAAGAAAUGUCGCUGACUUUUCCAGAAAACUGGAUGAGCCUCAUAAAGCCAACAAGGAUGGCGAGACGCCGGAAGAGUUGACCAGGCUGUACCUGUCGUGCCUCCAUACACACUUCAUCAGCAUCAUGGAGAAGAGGCUUUCCCCAAGUGUGGUCCGAUCGACGCCGAUGGAUUUUGUAGUGACUGUGCCUGCGAUAUGGUCAAACGCAGCCAAGGAAGCCACAGAGCGGGCAGCAGCCAUGGCUGGAUUUUGCGGGAAUCAGAGAAUACAUUUGAUAUCCGAACCGGAAGCUGCAGCACUCUACACCCUCAAAAACAUGAAUCCAUCGUCUUUGCAGCUAGGUAAGCGAUUCGUGGUGUGUGAUGCUGGUGGAGGAACGGUCGACUUGAUCACCUACGAGGUGACCCAUGUCGACAAGCUCGAGCUCAAGGAAGUCACCGAAGGUACUGGUGGCAAAUGCGGAUCUUCCAUGUUGAACAAGCGGUUCCGGAGGCACCUCAAGCAGACCCAUGGCGACAAGCAUUGGACAGAUGAUCGUCUCGUGCAGGCGAUGAAUGAGUUCGAACUGUUCAAAAAGACCUUCAACCCCAGGGCAGAGCCGCUCACGCUCAAGGUGGAUGCGAGUUUAGGCAUGCGUCGAAAUCGAUACACGAUGCCACAAGAGGACAUGAAAGUGAAGAUUUUCGACCCUAUCAUGAAAGAUAUCGUUUGCUUGAUCAAGGAACAGAUCGCUAUGGCCGAGGAUGAAGUGACAGCAGUAGUCUUGGUCGGCGGCUUCGGUCAGAGCAAGUACCUCAGAGCGCGUGUUCGUGAUGCCAUUGCUUCCGGGACACAAGUACUACAGCCAGAGAGCGGUUGGGUUGCCGUGGUGAAGGGGGCCGUUAUCCAUGGUCUUGCCCAAUAUGGCCCUUCGAUGGCUCCAGUCGAGGUGGCUUCACGCGUGGCGAGACGCUCCUACGGCACGUGCCUGCUCACCAAGUAUGAUAUGAUGAGGCAUGACGCCCGAGAAGCAUUCUGGUCCGAGAAGGAGGAGGAAAUGGUGGUUGCUGAGAUGCUGUGGUUCAUCCGCAAAGGCCAGUCAUACCCAGAGGGUCGGCCAUCAAUCAUCGACUACCAGUGCGACCUCCCUGUGGACAUACACGGCCACAGACCGCAGACGGAGAUUGAGAUCUAUUGCAACGACGAGGCAAAGCCACCCCUGCAUCUGGACGACUAUUCGCGGUGCGUAGCCACAUUGUCCCUGGACUUGGGUCGAAUAUCCAAUGGUGUCAAGCGCGCUGCGGAGAUCACUCAGCUCGGGUAUCAUCGAUAUUACUCCCUCGAAGGCGCCAUUGAGGCCAAGUACGAAUCCGCAAAGAUCACGUACACGGUCAAGCUCGGAGGUCAGUACUCAGUACCCCAUCUCGUCGUAAGGUCGCGUCCUAACGUUCCAGACCAACAUCCCACCUCCGCUUCAGCAGCGAUUCUGCAUGAUGCCUGGACGACAAUGGCGCACGCCUCAGGUCCUCGGGGCCUUGAUCACGGCCAAUCAUACGGUGGACCGCCUCCGUCAACUUUAGCUGCCCAACUAGUCGAGGAUAUUGCACCAUCGACAAAGUCCUCGACAAGAUCCGACGAAAAUGCCGAGCUCAAAGGCUUUUUUGCCAAGAUCCAGAGAAUCAAAGACGAUCCGCAGCUUCUCAAGACUCUGGGAGACCGUGUGGAGCACAAUCACAUGCUGAUCUACGUCUACUGCCGCGCUGUUCUCGAAAUGAUAAAGCUUGACGACCCGUUUCUCGAUCGAUCCCACGUACGCACAGAGGUCUUGAAGGCCAUCAACUUUCUCCGUUUCACAAUCAAAGAGACUCCAAGCGUGUUGGCCUAUUGCGCGGAUAGCAGUGCUUUCUUGUAUCGCGGACAAGAACCACUUUGGACAUGGCUCCUCCCACAGUUGCUCCGCCUACUUGGGCAUCCCCAGUGUCUAGAGCUAGAGGGGUCCCUCGAGGGCUUUUUACAAUACAUGCUUCUUGUAGUUGCUGGGAGCGAAACCUUGAAAGCUGUGGUCCCCCAUCUCGGCCUUUACCUCCGAUCCUCUCUGACCAGUAUCCUCGACUACCUACAAGAUGGCUCGCAAAUUCCCUCACGAUCCGACAAGGCAGUCAAUAUUUGUCUCCCCAGUCCAAUGGUUCAAGCGCAGAUCCUCGGCUCUAGUUGGUUUCACGAUUGCCGCGACACUACCUACAUUAUCUUGCGAGCUUCGCAAGCUCUGCGACAGUCUAAUAGCUUAUCAAGAAUCAUUGCAUACCCGAUGAUAUCUUUCGAUCCAACGUUUCAGUGCCUGUCAUCAUGGGCGGAAAAUACGAACUGGCUCUUGGACGCCUUGAUGGACCUGCGCAUGGUACAGAAACGAUGGGAUGGCGGUCCUACAGGUGAACCACUUGCGAUACUGGAAAUGCUAGGGGCGUUGCUAGACGCCACCAGCCACUCGUCAGCGGUAGCCAAGCUGGCGCGGAGAAAGGCGUACACACACAUGAUCAUAUUGUGCAACGACAUUAUCAGCACGCAAGGGUCGCUUGUCGUCAUCGACGCAUCUGGCGAUAAAGUACGACUCGGCCUUUGCACAGCGCUCAUCUCCAUCGCCCAGAUCAUCCCCGAGGAACGGCCAAUGGCACGCCUUUCUGAGUCUAGGCUUGUCAGUGAGUUGUCCCUUCUUUCAACGCAAUAUCCGGCCAUUGGCGAGGGCUCAGACGUUUGGAGGUGCACGGAGUUGUUGCGCCAAGUGAUCGCACGAGGCUCGCUCUCGAACCUGGACGAUACCGUACGGCCGGACAAAUUCUCGGCAGAGCAACUGAAGAGGAAGCUCAAAGCCUUUGGUGUUGUCGCCAGUGCAAUCGAGGUCGCAGAGCCACCAACAAAGAAACCUCGCCUGGUCCCUUACGAGCAGGACUGUUCGCGCUGCAACGAUCUGAUCCUUGGGGUCCUCAAUGCGGAUGCCUCAGUUUCAAUGGAGUCUGGAUUUGAUGCGGCCUUCGUAAAUGCUUUUUCCCAAGUGGACGAAUCGACCCAGUGUCACGCGCUUGACAUGAUGUCCGGCGCAAUGUGCGUUACUGAUGGGACUGCGUCUUGGGACAUCGACGAGGACGCGCCGCUGCGAGUUGCUCAGUGUUCUAUAUGCGAAGGCUUGGCCAUGGCGCAACAAGCGCAGCCUGACACAUCCAUGUGGGAUGUUUGGGUCGACACAUUCGCGAAGCUAACCAAGGAGAGCGGCUUCCUAGACUCAAAGCGACCACGAGUCGUCGCCAUGCAGUCUUUGAGGAGGUUUGCUGCCCACUACGGCCAAGGUGACUUCUUCAACUUGGAGACGUCUGCAGCUGGUCAGUGGUGUGCCCAGUCCCUGAACAGCUCCGUGCGCGAGCUUCGAAUAGCGGCAGGCAGAACUUUGAUGGCCUUCGUAGGCCCGAAUCCUGCCAAUCUACGGCAACGCGACGUUCCCCCCGAGGUCUUUGAGCGGAACCGUCAGCAUGUCAUUGCGCUUCUCAAGUCAAUGUCGGGCGCGGAACGUUCGACGCUCACAGAGACUUGUAUAAUGGCAUGGGGGUUGCUCGGCCGGUUUGCGAAAGACGAAGAGCUUAAUCUGGUUUUGAUACAGCUCAUGGAGUAUCUUGGUGACAGCAACAAUGUCAUCUCGGCUCUGGCCUUCAAUGAGCUCGUUCGACUUGCCGACAGCCUUCGGAUCUCACCGCGUCGUCUUUUUGAGCCAUACUGGAAGAGUUUGGCCUACCUUGCUACAAAGGACAUGACUCGCCGGCCACAGACUUGUCGUUCAGUCGCAGAGUUGCUUCAACUGUCUGUGGGCGAGCUUUUACUUCUCAUACAGACACACGCGCUUCCAUGGCUGGUCUUGGAAAAGCGAAAAGACAUUGUGCAAAAGAUUGCUGAAGCUCGUAAGGAGGACGAAAAUUGGCGACCGCUGAUGGACAGCCCGAACUUGGCUGCAACGCUCUCGUUGUUGCUGAUGCAGGAAACGGAUGAUCUCGGGGCGUUCGUGAAAUCGCGACUCAGUGAUAUAUCGCCUCACUUCCAUCCCAUACCACUGUCAGAGCUUCUCCAAGCAGAACCAGUACUAAUUGUGAUGGAGCUUCUCAAAGCAGCCGGCGAUUCAGACCGGUCGCGCAAAGCGCUUGUGCGUAAGGCUCUUCAAACUAUGGCACUUGCUGUCAUGAACGGCAAGGAAAGCAAGUCAAAAAAAGGAAACAUUAUUGGCCGCUUUCUGCAGCCUUACUUGUUAGGUCUCAUGGCGCGCUUUACGGAUGUAAUCAGCGACGCAUCCACGUCGUCCAGCGUUGAGCAGCGACGCUGCAUCCAAGCCCUCGAGGAGAUGCUCAAAUUGUCGCAAUCACAUGCGAGAGUUGCAAGACCGCAGAUCUCGGCGUGCUUAUUGUCAGCGCUUCCCCGAGAUGCACUUCGCAGUGCCGGUUUCGCUUGCUGGUCGACCAUGGUGCUUAACAUGGAGGAGGAAGAUGUUGAAGCUCUGCUGGAGACUACAUUCUUCAUCGUCCACCGUUGGUGGCCGCUGCUCGACAUGGCUUCCAAAGAGACAGUGCGAAACAUGCUCAGCUACUUGCUGGACUCCCACGAAGUCAUUUUGGUCAAGCACAUUGCUAUAAUUCCGUUCAUCUCGGUCUUUGAUGAGCUCGCUGAUAUCAGUGCACGACUUGACAAACUUCGUCCUGUCAUGAGUGCAGAGGAAAUCCUGGAGGCCUUCACAAGACGUUUGCGCAAUGACAUCUCUGGUGUCGUCCAACUCGGCCUGGCGGAGUUGAGAACGUAUCUUGUCAACAACCAAGCAUCGCUGCAUGCGUCCACAAUCGUUCAGCGUUCUGAUUCCGUCUUGGCAUCCCUUGUCCGUGCCUUGCUCGACUGCAUCGACAAGUAUAAUGGCAUUCAGCCUGACAUACUCAGAUUCUGCAUUGAGGACCUCGGGCUUAUUGGCUGUUUAGACGCCAACCAAGUCGAAGCAGUCAGAGAGCGACGCACGAUCAUAGUUCUCAAUAACUUUGAGGAUGCCGAGGAGGUGACCGACUUCAGCCUGUUUGUUCUGCAGGAAGUCCUUGUUCCGGCUUUCCUGUCUGCGACCGAUACUCGCAUCCAGGGGUACCUAUCCUACGCUAUGCAAGAGCUUCUUGACCGCAGUGAUAUCAAGGCCGCCUGCGCCAUGCAGAAUACAGGCAUGUUGGGAGGCAGCGAGAUCUACCGCAAAUGGAUCGCUAUGCCGGAGGCAGUGCGCGACGUUUUGACGCCUUUUGUUACGUCGCGAUACCUUCUAGUACCGUUACCAGCAACUACGACCUCGUAUCCCAUCUGCGUCCCGGGCAAGCCAUACGCAACCUGGCUGCGGUCAUUUGUCAUGGAUCUGCUACGCAAGGGGCAGAAUCCUCGUGCGGACAUCAUAUUCGAGCCUUUGACACGUGUCAUUCGGGUCAAGGACCUGUCAAUUGCGGAAUUCUUGCUGCCGUAUCUUUUCUUGCACUAUUUGCACGGGUCGAGGCGCAGCAAGAAGGACAGUGAGACCUUGCUCCAGGAAAUCAAGGCCGUACUGAGCCAGGAUGCGUGGCUCCCGCAUGACCCGUACGCGGAGAGAGAGGACAAGAAGCGAUACUUCCACGCCAUCUUUCGCAUACUCGACUACUGCAUGGCCUGGGAACAGAAGAAGCGGUCCAUGAAACUGAGUUCUGCGGACAAAGAGGGUGUGGACUUUGUGUCUGCGUUUGUGCAAAAGGUUCCAAUGCGAAUGCUGUCCGAGCGUGCUGUGCAAAGCGAUGAUUAUGCGCGUGCACUAUUCUAUCACGAACAAUACACACAGGAUCGCCAAUCACUUGGAGCACCAGCCGGAGUCCCAUAUGACGAGACGGAGCGAAACAAUUUGCUGGAAGGACUACAGCAUAUUUACGCCAACAUUGACGAACCCGACGGCAUUGAGGGUAUCUCGGCUCAUCUACCGGCUAUUGAUAUCAACCAACAAAUAAUGAGCCAGAAGAAGGCUGGCCACUGGAAAGCAGCCCAGACCUGGUACGAGAUGCAGCUCGCCGAGGAGCCCCAAAACACAGAUGUGCAAUUGCAGCUGCUGAAUUGCCUGAAAAGGUCGGGGCAGCACGAUGUCCUACUCAACCAUGUGAGUGGCAUGCAGACUGAGCCGCAGAGAUUGAAUCAGGUGCUGCCUUAUGCUGUGGAGGCUUCCUGGGUGACAAGUCGCUGGGAAAGUCUCCGCAAGUAUACGUCUUUGUUCCACGGCAACCUGAUGGAGGACUUUAAUAUCUCGAUUGCCAAGAUAUUCGAUACACUGCGUGAGGAUGGGAACUCGACACGCGCUCUAUCCACUCUGGAAAUGGUACGAAUAAGCCUUGCAGGAACCAUGAGUACCUCAAGUACAAAUUCAUUUGCGGCAGCGCACGAGUCCAUGCUCAAGUGUCAUGUCUUGACCGACCUGUCCUUGAUCAUCAAGGCAGAUCAUCAGGAGGAGGAAGGCCGACGCAGAAUCAUGGAUCUUUUGGACGGCAGGCUCGCUAUACUCGGCGCAUACUACGACGACAAGCAAUAUCUGCUUGGCGUACAGCGAGCAGCCUUGGAGAUUUGCGGUGCAAAGCAGACCAGCACAGAGGUUUCAAGCCUGUGGCUGCAGAGUGCCCGGCUAGCCCGCAAGUCCAACUCUCUACAGCAAUCAUUCAAUGCGGUACUACACGCUUCAAAAUUGGGCGACGACUCUGCGACGAUUGAGAAUGCCAAGCUCCUGUGGCGCGAUAACCAUCAUCGCAAAGCUAUCCAAAUGCUCCAAGGCGCCAUUGAGCGCAACAAGGUCAUGACGCAGACAGAAGGCACUGCUGCCAGUGUGUCCAGUACGAGCAGGCUCAACUCGCAACAAAAACUGCUGACUGCGCGCGCUCAGCUGCUGCUUGCAAAAUGGCUGGACGCGGCCGGGCAGACGCACGCUACGGCUCUACGAGAGAAAUACCAGCAGCCCCCCAAGACAUAUGCGACGUGGGAAAAGGGGCACUACUAUCUCGGCCGUCACUACAAGAAAAUCCUGGAAGCCGAAAAGGGUCUCUCAGCGGAUGAUCAAACAGACAACUACGUGACAGGCGAGAUUGCUCGCCUAGUCAUUGAGAAUUACGUGCGCUCGCUCAAUUCAGGAACCAAGUACCUUUACCAGACACUCCCCAGGGUCCUGACGCUCUGGUUGGAUUUGGGCGCCCAGACUGACAAGCCUCCGGAAGGCAAAGCCUCGCUCUCCAAAGAACUUCGACGCAGACGCAUCGAGCAACUGGACUGCCUUCAUCAGUUCCUAGACAAGUACAUUGCCAGACUCCCUGCUUACGUCUUUUACACUGCCUUGUCGCAGAUUGUGGCGCGCAUAGCGCACCCGCAUCCCCAGGUGUUUGAGCGCUUGUCACGCAUCAUUGUCAAGGUGACAGAGGCGCAUCCUCGGCAAGCUUUGUGGAGCAUCAUUGGCAUCAUGACCACGAGACAGGCCUCGGAGCGCAAGAACAGAGGUACGCAGAUUGUACAGGCCUUGAAAAGCGCGUCGAAACGCGUUGACGGCACCAAUUAUGAUCUCAAGUCGUUGCUGCGCAUGGGGGAGCGGCUUGCGGAGCAGCUUCUCAUGGCCUGUCACAACGGCGACUUUCAAGGCAACAAGACUGUACACGCGAGUCUGACCAGAGACUUGCGCUUCAACCACAAAUGCACGCCUUGCCCCUUGGCGGUGCCUGUUGAGUCAUCCUUGACCGCCACGCUGCCUGCCGUCUCGGACCACGUCAAGAAGCACAAGGCGUUUUCGCGGGAUGUGGUAUCCAUCGACAGCUUCCUGGACGAUGUUCUGGUGUUGAGCUCGCUCGCCAAACCCAGAAGGCUCACGGCGCGUGGAACCGACGGCAAAAGCUACAUGCUGCUGAUCAAACCAAAGGAUGACCUGCGUACAGACCAGCGUCUAAUGGAGUUCAACGGCAUGAUCAAUCGAUCACUCAAGCGCGAUGCAGAGUCUAGUCGCAGGCAGCUCUACAUAAGGACCUACGCGGUUGUUCCCCUCAACGAGGAGUGCGGCAUCAUCGAGUGGGUGCCUGGCAUCAAGACGAUGCGCGACAUCUUGCUGAACAUGUACUCCGCGCGGAAAAUCUACCCGGACUACAUGGCUCUCAAGCAACUUAUGGAGGAGGCGUCUGUUUCGGAGAGCAAGCUACCAAUAUUCACCAACGACGUCCUGCGGCGAUUCCCCCCUGUGCUCCAAACAUGGUUCAUCCACCAGUUUCCCAAUCCGUCUGCGUGGUUCGCCGCCCGUCUAAGGUACACACGAUCGUGCGCUGUCAUGUCCAUGGUCGGCACUAUCCUGGGCUUGGGCGACCGUCACGGAGAAAACGUCAACCUCGAGGAGGGCAAUGGUGGAGUGUUCCAUGUCGACUUCAACUGUCUGUUCGACAAGGGCCUCACCUUUGCUAAGCCCGAGCGCGUGCCCUUUCGACUCACGCACAACAUGGUGGCAGCCAUGGGAAUCUAUGGCUACGAAGGGCCGUUUAGGAAGUCAUCGGAACUGACCCUGAGCAUCCUCCGUCAACAGGAAGAGACACUGAUGUCGAUCCUGGAGGCAUUCAUCUACGAUCCGACCCUGGAUCUACAGAAAGACAAGCGCGCCCACCGAAAGGGCGACACGAGCGUGAAACUGCAGCCACAGAGUGUGGUGGACAGCAUCAAAAGGAAGGUCAGGGGCUUAUUGCCGAACGAGAGCAUCCCACUUAGUGUGGAAGGGCAGGUGGAGGAGCUGAUUAAGCAGGCGGUCGAUCCCAGGAACCUGACUGCCAUGUACAUUGGGUGGUGUCCGUUUCUGUGA